AUGGAAGGUGACGAUUCGGAGUCCGAGCCGCCGUCGGCCUUUGAGCAUCUGCUUCAGGUGCUCGGAAAAAGAUCGCGGUCGGAUAAGCGACGCAAAAUAACAAAAUCAGAUAGCAAUGUAGAUAAUAUUGCUAAAAUUCUGUCGGAUUCAUUCGAUGCAGACGCAGAAUCCGAGCCUGAAGAGGUGUCUGAAGAGUCCUCCGACGGCAUCUGUCUCGACGCAUUUGAUUCCUUCAAUAUGGGAUAUGACGACUACCUCAGGGCCACGGAGCCCAUCACUGCAACAUCGCCCAUACCGAUACCUUUCUUCAAAAGCUGCCAGUUUAAGUUUUUGACGCCUAUUCUACAGCAGGUGCUGAAAUCCAAAGUGUUGCCAAGGGUGGUGUCGGGUAUAAAUUCAUUCGGAUUUCACGAGGCGUUGCAGAGGAAGAUUACGAAGCUGCAUAAAAAGGCGCGUUCAGGUGGAUGGAUGCCGAAGGAUCGCAGUCGCCUGCGUUACUUCUUCAAUUGCAUGAACAGUUAUCUCGACGUGUUUUAUGCUGGGUGCAAAGUUACAGACGUCUCGUCUAUGCGUUUUCUCAUGGCACUACACGCGGCAAACCACAUAUGCAAAAGCGUGACGUCAACAGUUGAGCAGUCUCACGGUUUUACUAGGCCGCGUGUGUUAUACAUCUGUGGUCUGAAGUGCAUGGCACGUGAUUUUAUCCAACACCUUGUGACGCUUCUAUCCGUGAAAAAGGGGGACCCCAAGGUAGAGAAGUUCUACGAGGAGUAUGACCUUCCUGAAGAGGACACUGCAGCCCAAGUGUCAAGCUUCAGCAAAACGCAUAAAUCACUGGACUACGUCGAAACAUUUUCGGGCAAUCAGGAUGACGCAUUUAAGAUGGGUUUGAGGUACCAAGGUGGGAUGCUGCAUCUAUACACGCCAUUUUACACUAGUGACAUUAUAGUCACCUCGCCUCUGGGCAUCAAGAUAAUGCUACAGGAGGAUGAAGAGUACGAUUUUCUGUCUAGCAUUGAGGUGUUGCUAAUUGACCGCAUGGAUGUGCUGAAGUUUCAGAAUUGGCAGUUCUUUAUCGAAGUAUUUGAGAAGCUUAAUCGGCCUCUAAAGAAGUGGCGUGAUGCUGACCUCAGCCGCCUACGCGUAUCGACAAUCGACGGUCAGAGCGAAGUUUACCGCCAGACUGUUGGUCUAUCUUGUACCCAGCACUUUGUGUUCAAUGCUUUUUUCAAGCGUCUCGUUAACCGUCGAGGUUUUAUAAAGCUAGCAUCCGUGCCAACACAGGACUUUGUGCUCUUGGGAUCACAGCUGCGAGUAAAGCAGCUAUUCAUUAAAGUGGCUGCAUCCAGUGUGACUGACGCGGAUGGAUCGCUCUUGAAUUAUUUCCUGAAGAACAUGCUAAACAGCAUCCAGGGGAUCGGGGGAGUCUUGGUGGUACUAGGUGACUAUACGCACUUUCUGCGGGUAAAAAAGGAGCUGAAAAUGGCCAAUUUUGAAUACCUCCCCUGUCAUGAGUCGAAUUCAAGCAAACAAAUGCUAUUUGCUCGUCAGCAGUUUCAAGCUGGGAAAACGCCCGUUGUUUUGACAACGUCACGUUUGCUUUUCUUUAAGCGGUACGUGAUCAAGGGAACAUGCCGCGUGCUUUUCGUCGUCCCACCGGACUACCCAGAGAUCUACCGCGAAGCUUUCAGAAUGCUGGAUUUGUCGAAGAAUAACGCUUUGGUGACUUUGUACACGCGAUUUCAUGCUCACCAGCUGGAGCCAAUUGUCGGUGCCGCCAAAGUUCACAAGCUAGUGUCCGCUGCUGACACAAAGGUAACAGAGUUUCACUAG